GUGGGUGGGGCCUGGGGGCAACUAAAGCGGCAUAGGGCGAGGGCGGGGCCGGCGGGGCCGGUAGGGCGGGGCGGGGCUGGGAAGCAGUCGGGCGGGGUUGUAAGACGCCGCGCUCAGCUACCAUCGCUGGGCGGUCAACAAGCGCGGGCCUGGCUCAACGCGGCGGGGCGCGGAGACCACGAGGCGACCGGGAGCGGCUGGGCUCUCGGCUGCGCGCCCUUCGGCCAGGCCGUGAGCCGCGCCAGUCGGAGCCCCCGGCCCAGCGUGGCCCGCCUCCCUCUCGGCGUCCACCUGUCUGGGGUGCUGCCAGCGGGCAUGACCGACCCACCAGGGGCGCCGCCUCCGGCGCUCGCAGGCCGCGGAUGAAGAAGAAGACCCGGCGCCGCUCGACCCGGAGCGAGGAGUUGACCCUGAGUGAGGAGGCGACCCGGAGCGAAGAGGCGACCCAGAGUGAGGAGGCGACUCGGGGCGAAGAGAUGAAUCGGAGCCAGGAGGUGACCCGGGACGAGGAGGCGACCCAGAGCGAGGAGGUGACCAGGGAGGAAAUGGCGGCAGCUGGGCUCACCGUGACUGUCACCCACAGCAAUGAGAAGCACGACCUUCAUGUUACCCCACAGCAGGGCAGCAGUGAACCAGUUGUCCAAGACCUGGCCCAGGUUGUUGAAGAGGCCAUAGGGGUUCCACAGUCUUUUCAGAAACUCAUAUUUAAGGGAAAAUCCCUGAAGGAAAUGGAAACACCAUUGUCAGCACUUGGAAUACAAGAUGGUUGCCGGGUCAUGUUAAUUGGGAAAAAGAACAGUCCAGAGGAAGAGGUUGAACUAAAGAAGUUGAAACAUUUGGAGAAGUCUGUGGAGAAGAUAGCUGACCAGCUGGAAGAGUUGAAUAAAGAACUUACUGGAAUACAGCAGGGUUUUCUGCCCAAGGAUUUGCAAGCUGAAGCUCUCUGCAAACUUGAUAGGAGAGUAAAAGCCACAAUAGAGCAGUUUAUGAAGAUCUUGGAGGAGAUUGACACACUGAUCCUGCCAGAAAAUUUCAAAGACAGUAGAUUGAAAAGGAAAGGCUUGGUAAAAAAGGUUCAGGCAUUCCUAGCUGAGUGUGACGCAGUGGAGCAGAACAUCUGCCAGGAGACAGAGCGACUGCAGUCUACAAACUUUGCCCUGGCCGAGUGAGGUGUGGCAGAAAGAGGCUGUGCUGCCCUGAAGAAUGGCACCAGCAGCUCUGCCGUCUCUGGAGCAGAAUUUACCUGAUUUCUUCAGGGCUGCUAGGGGCAACUGGCCAUUUGCCAGUUUUCCUACUCUCACCCGGUUCUCAAUGAAAAACAGUGUCUUUGUGAUUUUGAGUAAAGCUCCUGUCUGUUUUCUC